AUGAUAACUUUAAUAGGAGACUGUUUGGGGCGAAGGGUUUUGUGGGACUCUGCGAUCUGUAUACCCACUAAAAUCAGCGCCACCAACACUCGCCCUAGCGCAUCUCGGCGCCUCAGUGAGUACGUGGAAAACUACGAGGAGGUGCACUACAAUCAUGAUGAGGUGCAUCUCCAGCACCUGCGCGCGCGCCGCUCCGUCGACCCGCCAGAUCUGCGAAUUAACUUCGAUGCGCAUGGGCGGCGGUUCAAUUUGCGGCUGCGACGCGAUCUGUCAGCCUUUAGUGAUGAUUUUAAGGUUCACGGUUCCCAAGGGGAGCUGCAUGACGUGGACACAUCGCAUCUAUAUACGGGCGAGGUAUCUGCUGCAUCUCUAGUCCAAGACAUUGACAGCACUCAAAACAAAGGCACGGCUACGUGGUGCCUCAAUGAAACUCAAAUUUGUCUUUACGUUUGA